CCAGACUGCACAUGCGCAAUUCUAUCAUCGUUUUGAAUCUGUAGUUUGGCUAACUGCUUGUUGUCUGUUAGCUUUGUUUAAAAGCCUACAUUUACUCAGUCGUACAUUCAUAAGAUGUGGGCCACUUGUUAAGGCAACAGUGCAUGUGAAAAAAAAAUGUAGCAGCUGCGAAGUAAUGUCAACUCCUCACGACUCCGUUUGUUUAGUAUGAGCUCCCUAUCAGCCCAGCCUCCGGCUUCAGGCUCGUCAUGCAGGGCGCUACCUGGAGAAGGCAACCAGGUGCAACCAAAGGCUCCUCUCCUCCAGAUUUUGCGAGUUGCUGGAGCCCAAGAAGAUGUCUUCACACUCAAAGAAGUGAUGCACUACUUGGGUCAGUAUAUCAUGGGGAAGCAACUGUAUGACAAACAGAGGCAGCACAUAGUCCACUGCCAGGAUGAUCCUUUGGGAGAGCUGCUGGAAGUAGAGAGCUUCUCUGUCAAAAACCCGAGCCCAGUGUAUGAAAUGCUCAAGAAGUACUUGGUCGUUAUCGGUUGUGCUGACGCUGCAGAGAAUCUUUCUGUGGGCCGUGAAUGUGUAGAGGGCGGAGUGGAGGAUCGUGGUCAGAUGUGUGGGGGUGUGGUCAAGGCAGGGAUAGAGGCUGGCAGCGAUGGGCCUCUCCUGCAGACCCCCUCUCAGCGACGACCUCGGGAGCCAGACGAUGAUUCUCUUGAAGGUCUGCCGCGCUCAGCCUGCAAGCGACCCAAGUUGGAUGUUACUCUGGACGAGUGGGACCUCUCUGGCUUGCCCUGGUGGUUUCUGGGUAAUCUCCGUAAUAACUACAACCGUAGGAGCAACGGUUCCACUGACAUCCACACAAACCAACUGUCUCCUGCACAGGAAGAGGACACGGCCAUCGUGUCAGAUACCACCGAUGACCUCUGGUUUCUGACCGAGGGAGAGAGUGAACAGGUGAGCGUGGAGAUGAAAGAGGCUGCACUGGAAGAAGGAAGUGGAGGAGAAGGAGAGGCUCCUCUGGAUGAUGAUGAUGGAGGAGGGAAGGAAGAGAAGGCCGAUCGGGAGAUGCAGGAGGAGCCAGAUGAAGACUCUCAGUGUCUGAGUGAUGAUACUGAUACAGAGAUCUCCACACAGGAUGCGUGGCAGUGCACAGAGUGCCGUAAAUAUAACAUACCUCUCCAGAGGUACUGUGUUCGCUGCUGGGCUCUACGUAAGAACUGGUACAAAGAUGUCCCUCGACUUGCCCAUUCCCUUUCGGUUCCUGACAUCCCAGCAUGCAGCUCUCUCCUUACUCACGAUGAGGAAGAUGACAGCGACACAGGCAUCGAUGUCCCAGACUGCAGCAGGACGGUGUCUGAUCCUGUCAUCCUGCCUUCCCACUCCACCGCUGACAGACCCUUGCCGACGAUGGUUAUGGGGAAAGGCAAGGGGCCUCGGGCCUCCAGCUUCCACAAGGAUGAGCAGCUCUCAGGAGGGGAGAGUCAGGAAAAUCUGGGCAUGGAGGUUGAAGACGUUAGGCCUGAAGCACUGUUAGAACCUUGCAAGCUCUGUAGAGUGCGACCACGUAAUGGAAACAUAAUCCACGGACGUACGGCUCACCUGCUUACUUGUUUCCCCUGUGCAAGGAGGUUACACAAGUUCCAGGCUCCUUGUCCAGGAUGUGGAAAGAUCAUUCAAAAAGUUAUUAAGAUGUUUAUCCUCUAAAAAGCACACAACCCCAUUUGUCAGCCUGUGGGGACCUAAACAUCAAGAACACACUUUCAGACACAUUCAACCAUACAGUUGCAUGCUCAUAGAUAAAGUCUCUGCUCUUACACACACACACACAGACACACAGUGCACCUUACCCGCACUUAAAAUCUACAGAGAUGUACUCAAAAUAUAAAACAUAGCACUUGGUGAAGCUUGCUCUUGGUUGCAUGGUUUAUUUUGCGUCUCACUGCCUCUGAAGUAUUGCUGAUAUAUGAAACAUGGACACAAGAGUCCGUCAAACCAAAUGUUUGUGUUGGUGCCACAUUUAUAUGAGGGACAUAGACAAAGGCAGAAGUAUUUAUUUAUUUAUUAAAGGAUCACAUAGGAGUGCACAGUUGGCGUGAGCUUCUAUAUUAUGGUCUCAUGAAGGCUUGUUUUUUUCAGGCUGUGUGAAUUUUGUUUGUGGGUUCAUACAUUGCAUUUAAAAUGGAGUGUUUCUCCCAUUGUUGUGUUCUUUUUGUUUGAUUUUCUUUCUCUUUAGAAUCAUUUCAUCCAUCAUCUGGGCAAAAAUGGAUAAAUCACUGCAGGUAUGUUACUCCAACAGAUUUUCUUUAAACAUCCUUGAGGUUAUUUUGCUCUUUUUGUUAGUUUUUUUUUUUACCCUCUCUGCAUCUCCUUAGGUAUUGUGACUCAGAGGUUUGAGUUAUGAAGACAAGAUUGAAGGAAGAAAAAGGCAAGCAAGUCUUAAAAACUAAAACUUUUUCAGCAGCUACAGAUUUAUGAAAAUGUUCUAUGCUUUUUUUUUUUUAAAAGCGUGUUUCCUCAGCGUGAGUGAAUGUAUUAUAAAAUACAAAGGUGGUGGCUUGAGUCCUGUUUCUCUCUUAAUAUUUUAAAAUGUAGAAUUUAACCAGCUCAAGAAUGCACAGCUGAAGUAUUAACAAUUUUUUCCUCUUGGUGGUAAUUUGAUGUUAAUAUAUAUAUUCAAUAUUUACAAUUGCCAAACCUCUGAUAGCAGUUAUGCCUGCAGUAAGUUAUGUCGCAGAAGUGCCGGUUCAUGUUUAAAUGUCAUCAUUCAGCAAGGAUGCUUUACAUCUCUUCCUAAAUUUAUCCUUAAUAAACAGUUUAUGUAUAUUUUGUAUUUAACUUAUUUAUGAUUCUGUUUUAAUUGUGACCUCCUAUGAAGCAGAAAAAGGCUGCACUUGUUACAUAGUUCUAAUUUGUAAUUUCCUAAAGGAUGGAGAGGAAACAGGCUGAGUUACCACACGUACCCUCAGCACUGCGCAGUACUUCCAGGGAGUUAGGGGUUUGAUUCAAGCGUUACACUGCCAUGUAAUGAUUUUCAGCUUAAAUUAGUCUAUUAUGGAUUUUAUUUUGAUGGUUUUGCAUCGUCUGAUGAUUGUAUUGCUGGGCCACAUUGAUUAUUUUGAAUGAGUGUGUGAGCUGUCUAGAAAUAACUACAGUAUGCACUAUAUAAUUCUCACAAGUAUGAUGUCCAGUGACAGUAGGCAUUUAACUCUUGGCUCUGCUUAGUGUAGAGGGUAUAACAUAGUUCUUUGAUCGGCUGUUCACUUGCGCUUAAUCGUUCUGCCAGCAGGUGGAGAGAAGUUUCAGUCUUGUAGCUGUUGCCCACAGAAACUGUACAGUACCAGUACUGCCAUGUAAUACAUAUAUAGAGCAUGCCUCUUGUUGUGACUAGAGCCAGCACUGAGCUGGUUUGAGAGCUAUAUUAGCCAUGUAAAAGCUAUAAAAGAUUAAUGUAGCCUGUUGUAUUUAUCAGCAUCGUUGUGCAUCAAGACAAACUCCUAGAUACAGACCUCAUGUAAAUGGCAUAAUAUGUAUUGUACCAGUGAUGCUGGUUGCGACCGACAGACUUAAUUGUGGCAAGGACUGAUUUUAAGACUAUAAUGUGCUCAAACAUGGUACAGCUGACGAAGUUAUUUUUUUUUUCUACUUGUCAUGGAAUAAAUAUACAUUGUUAAGCAAUAAAGAGUUGAGAGUUGA